AAAACCCUCAAAUCCGGUUGUCGGUGUGUAGUAGAAAAUUCCCAGCUCUAAUAUAAGCUCUAAAUACUGAUUGGUUCCUAAUCUUAAAAAUAAUUUAGCCCAACCAUAUUAUCCCACGAAAUCUCUUCAUCUCCCGCCAUCUCAAAUAGCCCAAAACCCUAAAUAUUUCCCGCCUUCGAGAAACUCAAUUAGCCAAACCUCCAUUUUUCAAGGAAAGUUCACAUUUUCUUCAGAGCCAAACACCCAUCUUCCUCUGUCUUGUUAGGGUUUCGCGAACCAAUUUAGUGCACCACCCCUAGAAAAUUAGAAUUUGGAAGGGUAUUGGAGAUGACGGAACUAAACUGGAGACACCAGACGAUCAUUCAAGCUCUGCUUUCACGCGGCCCACUCAAGGAGGACCAGUUCCACCGCAUCUUCACGGGCCUCACCGGAAAAACCCCAGGUAGUGAUCGGCGGCGAUUUGAUGAUUUUCUUCUGAAGAUAAACAAGGCACUUUCUUAUGUUCAGUUUGAGUUGCGGGGAUGCAGAUUUCAAUAUGAUGGUCAAGUUUAUUAUGGAGUUGUCAAUAAUGUUUCUGACGAAGAAUCGAAGCUGGGAACAAAAUAUUCAGUUGCCCAGAUUGCUUUCUAUAAGGCUAUUAUAGAAGCAAUCGUGCAAGAUGGUGCAGCUCAAGGAACCAUAUCUAACAUUGAUGCUCUUAAUCUACGAUUGGAGAAUCAGGUUCUAAUGGGCACAACGUCGCAAUCACAUGGAGGUCUACCUCAUGUCCCUCCUGCAUUAAAGAAUUUCUCAAUAUCUAUGAAGGAAAAAACUCUUGAUGAACUCGUACAGGACCAGUGGCUUAGUGUUACUCCAGAUAAUUAUAUUGGACUUGGUGUCAGAUCCUUCCUCGAUCUACGAAGUUGGUUUCGCAGUAACGAUGUUCCGGCGUGUGAAGUGUGCAAUGAAGCUGGGGUGAAGGCAGCGUUGUGCCAAAAAGAAGGUUGUACAGCUCGAAUCCAUGAGUACUGUCUUAAGAAAUUGUUUUCAGAAAGAAAGGUAAUGAUCAACUUAUUUUUUAGUAAAACUGAAAAUAGUUGCGGUACUCAGUGGCAAUAUACGGUAACCAAAGCAGAAGCUGUAGAAGAUGAUGAACCAAAUUACCCUACUCAGAGCCAGCCACCUGUAGGAUCCAAGAAAAAGAGGCUGAGAAGAAAUGAAAUUGGUGAUGGAGAUAUAUCUGGUUCCUCUCAAGCUUCUUUACCUGGUGGUCCUAAUCUAAGAAGAUCAACUCGAAGCUCUAUCCGUCUUCAAUAAUUCGAUUUCAUGUCGCCUCUUACAAGUAGUAUGGAGUGUAUUGUAUAUUCUUCUCCAAACAAUCUUGCAUUUGCUGAAAACGUCAUGCAAGUACGAAAGUAGGGUUUUUGUAAGACAAUGCUGUAGAAAUCUGACGUGAUUGUAGGAUUUUUAUGAGGGAAGGUUGUAGAAUUCUGGUGCAUUACCCCAUUAUAUAUUUUGCUAUGACCAGGAACUUGCUUUUAAAGAUGAACAUGAAAGCUA